CCUCCGGUUUGCACCGCUACCAUUCAGAUUUUGGCGUCGCAUUAGUUGAUAGGGUUAUCGAAGAUAUUAGAAUUGAACUAGAACAAAACAUUUUCAAGCAUAAUCAACGCCGUAUUGCUACUGUUAAAUAUAUCGGUGAACUUUAUAAUUAUCGUAUGGUUGAUUCACCUGUCAUAUUUGAUACUUU